AUGCCAACAGCCCUCACGAUAGACCAGAGUGAUCCUACAAAGGUCUGGAUCGAGUACCUGAUGCACCAUGGCGGAUACUCUACCCUCCUCGGCCUCCCUGCUGUCAUCGCUACUCUCACUUUCGUCUCUCGCAUCCUAUGGCUCAAGAAGAAACGCACCCCUCACAGCUAUGGUCGCACUGCGUGGAUCUACUGGCCUACUCAGCUCUUGAUAGCUCUUGGAUCUACCCUUGCCCUCUACAUCGCAGCUUCUCCUUCUGCAUCUAACGGUCUCCCUCUCGGUGCCCUCCUCAUGUUUGUCGCAUGGGCGACGGCGCUGAAAGUGAAUCAAAUGGAGCACCGCUACGAGAUUCGAUCGUCAGAUUACCUGUUCGUCUACUACCUCGUCACCAUCGUCGCUUCCUCGCUCUCACUCUUCAUCCUUCACCAGAACCUCGAUAUCCCUCCUGCCAACGACAUCUCUUUCCAGAACCUUGUCGCUUUUACUAUCGUCAUCGCCUCCGCCUUUGUUAUCGAAGCCCUCCCCCGUCACAACACCAAGGUCCAGAUCGCCAGUCGCCAACAGGAACAUCUCACCCCUUACCAACAGGCCAACCUCUGGUCCAGAUGGACCUUCCACUAUGCCCAAGAGACCAUCUCCAUCGGAGCUGAGCGUGCUCUUCGCCCUGAGGAUAUUGAUGGCAUUGUCCCUACUGAGCUCAUGACCCACGCAAACUUUGAACGCGUCAAUGCUGCGUGGGAGAAGGAGGUCGCUGCUGCCAGCUGCAAAGGCAAACGUCCCUCAAUGUUCAAGGCUGUCUUAAGUUCUUUCAAGGACCGCAUCGUUUUUUUGAUGUUGGGUCGUCUGCUCGGAACCUUCUUGUACUUUAUGCCGCCAGCCAUCUUUGGCAAGCUGCUUGGCUUCUUUGCCGAUUACCAUAACGCCAUCCGCGAGGGCACAGAGCCACCAUCGAUCCAGUAUGGUCUCUUGAUCGCUCUGGGUAUCCUUGUCGCCAACAUCGCCGCCACGAUCUUAAUUGCCGGAUCGAGUCAAGGUCUGUUCGAGAUGGGCUACCAGCUCCGCGCGGCCACUGUUGCGAUGAUCUACCGCAAGAGUCUCAAGCUUUCCCCUCAGGCCCGUCAAAAGAGCACUGUCGGCGAGAUUACCAACCAUAUGGCAGUCGAUGCCGAGAAGUGGUCCAUGGCGGCCAACGUUUUGCUGUUCUUGUUCGUCCUCCCUACUGAGCUGAUUGUGGGCAGCUUCUUGUUGUACAGGAUCUUGGGAUGGUCGUUGUUUGCGGGCUUUGCUAUGUUUUUUAUUAUUACGCCGAUCCAGGGCAAGUUUGCGGGAUUUAUGAGUGUUUAUGAGGAGGAUAAGAUGAAGCAGAUGGAUGCUCGUGUAAGGGUGAUGUCUGAGGUCCUGUCCAAUAUCAAGAUUGUCAAGCUCUAUGGCUGGGAAGACGCGUUCCGCAAGAAGAUCGAUAGCCAACGUGCACUCGAAAUCAAGGCAGAAAAGUCCCUCGCCACUGUCCGUUCCUGUUUCGCAAUCUUCUUCUCCUCUAUCACUUUACUCAUGGCCCUGGCAACCUUCUCUGUCUACUCGACUAUCGGCGGACCUAACUUUACUCCUGGACGUAUGACGCCCGAAGUCAUCUUUGUCAGCAUGGGUCUCUUUGGAAUGUUGAACAAACCCCUCGGCCUCGCCUCCAUGGCCAUCUCCAUGACCAUUGCUGUCAAUAUCGGAAUCAAGCGUAUCGAGUCUUUCUUGGUCCAGGAGGAGAUUGACACCACUAUCGUUCAGCGGUUUAGUCGGCAGCAGGAUCGUAAGGGCAGGAAGGCUAUGGCGAUUGAGAUUGAGGAUGGUACUUUUGCAUGGGAGAAGGAGCAGCCUUUCGGCACUGGUUCUGAUGUUGUCGAUGCUGAUACCCCUGGGCUCUCUGUUGCGGAGGCUGAGCGCCAACCUCUGCUCUCUGGAUCUACUACCACCACUACCCACACCCCCUGCCGGCCAGUCCUUUUCAACAUCAACCUCGACAUCGCCGCCGGAUCUCUCACAGCCAUUGUCGGCCGCAUCGGUCAGGGAAAGUCAUCCUUAUUGAACGCAAUCAUGGGCGAGAUGUACAAGAAGCAAGGAACAGUCAAAGUGUACGGCGAUGUCGCCUACGUGCCCCAACAAGCAUGGAUCUGUAAUGCAACCGUUAGGAAUAACAUUCUCUUUGGUAAACCCUUUGACCAGGACCUCUACGAUCGGAUCGUGACCGCCAGUGGACUUCGCCCCGACCUCGAGAUGCUUCCCGCCGGUGACCAGACUGAGAUUGGAGAACGCGGUAUCAACCUCUCUGGUGGCCAAAAGCAACGCGUGUCUCUUGCUCGUGCGGCCUACCAGGAUGCGGAUGUGUACUUGCUGGACGAUCCUCUGAGUGCGGUCGAUGCUCAUGUCGACCAGCAUCUGUGGCUGCACUUGCUUGGACCCCAGGGGCUGUUGAAGGACAAGACGCGUGUGCUGCUGACCCAUGGGAUUCAUCAUUUGGAGAAUGUCGAUCAGAUUGUGGUGUUGAAGGAUGGGGCUGUUUCUGAGAUGGGUGGGUACCAGCAGUUGAUGGAUUCUCGCGGCGCGUUCUAUCAGCUCAUCAAGGACUUUUCUGUGACCAAGAAGAGUAAGAAGACAACCAAGCACCACCAACGCAAUUCUACGGCCGUUGAAGCGGUGGCGGAAGAGGAUGAUGUUGACAGCGAGAGAAACACCAUUGUUGAGGAGGAGGAGGAUGACAAGAAGGGCGGUGAUGGCGAAAAGUCUGGUGAACUGGUUGCGGAUGAGACCAUGGAGGAUGGCAGAGUUGGCUGGGACAUUGCUGCUGCUUAUGUUCGUGCGGUGUAA